AUGGCUAAGAUACUUAAAUGUCCAGAUCUUAAGAAACACAUGAAUUUAAAAGGAAACCUUUGUAAAGGACAAUGCCAACCAGCUUUGCUUAUAAUGCAAAAUGUAGGAAACGUUACUCCAGAGCAAAAUACACCUCAAACUGAAAACGUUACUCCAGAGCAAAAUCUGCCAGCAACUCCUGAAGGUGAUCUCAUAUCAUUCGAUGAAAACCUACCAACACUUCAGCCGAGAGAGGCAAGUGCGCCGGCAGUCAACCCCCGGAUUAGAGAAUCAGAAAUGAGUCAAAGACUCGAAGCUCAACAUCCUCGAUACUCUGCAUCAUCUAGUUCAAAGCAAAAUAGCAUGA